AUGUCCGAGAUCAAGAUCGGCGACUACCUCCUCGAGCGCCUAGCCCAGCUCGGCACUCGCACCGUCCAGGGUGUUCCCGGCGACUUCAACAUGGGACUCCUCGACCAGAUCGAGGACCACGCCAAGCUCGAGUGGGUCGGCAACGCCAACGAGCUCAAUGCCGCCUACAGCGCCGACGGCUAUGCCCGCAUCAAGGGCACCGUCGCAGCCGUCGUCACCACCUUCGGCGUCGGAGAGCUCUCGGCCCUCAACGGCGUCGCGGGCGCCUUUUCCGAGCGCGUCCCCGUCGUCCACGUCGUCGGCGUACCCUCGACGGGCGCUCAGGGAAGCCGCUCGCUCCUCCACCACACGCUCGGAGACGGCCGCUUCGACGCCUUCGAGACCAUGAGCCGCCAGGUCAGCGCCGCCUCGGCCGUCCUCAAGAGGAGCGAGGGCGCCGCCGACGAAAUCGACCGUGUCCUGACCGUGGCCGUCAGGCAGGCCCGUCCCGUCUACAUCGCCCUGCCCACCGACCUGGUUCACGCCAAGAUCUCGGCCAAAAACCUCGAGACACCGCUCGACACGGCCGUGCCCGCCAACGAGCCCGACGCCGAGCAGUACGCCCUCGACGUCGCCUUCCGACACAUUGACGAGGCCGAGAACCCCGUCAUCCUCGUCGACGCCUGUGCCAUCCGACACAACUGCCUGCAGGAGACCAGGGACCUCGUCGAAAAGUCUGGCCUGCCCGUCUUCAGCACUCCGAUGGGCAAGACGGCCAUCGACGAGGACCACGAACAGUACGGCGGCCUCUACAUCGGCAGCCUCACAUCGAACGGCGUCAAGGAGAUUGUCGAGUCGGCCGACGCCCUCAUCUUGAUCGGCGCACUCAAGUCCGACUUCAACACCGGCAGCUUCUCCUACCGCACCCCCAAGCAAAAGACUAUCGAGCUGCACUCGGACCACGCCAUCGUCGGCUACUCCCACUACCCGGACGUCGGCAUGAAGGGCCUGCUGCCCAAGCUCACCAAGAAGCUCGAGCCUCGCAGGCAGCAGAGGCUCGACGCGACCAGGAAGAGGAUCACCCGCUUCGAGAACCGCCUGCCGCAGGAGGACGGAGACACGAUCAGCCAGGCCUGGCUGUGGCCUCGUCUCGGCCAAUUCUUCAAGCCCACCGACCAGAUCAUUGUCGAGACCGGCACGUCCAGCUUCGGCAUGCUCGAGGCCAAGCUGCCGCCCUCAUCGCACUUUGUCGCACAGAUCCUCUGGGGCUCGAUCGGCUGGAGCGUCGGUGCCACCCUCGGCGUCGCGCUUGCCGCUCGCGAAGAGAAGCUGGGCAGGACGUGUCUCUUUGUCGGUGAUGGAUCGCUGCAGCUCACGGUCCAGGAGAUUGGCACCAUGAUCCGCCAGGGUCUCAAGCCGCUGCUCUUUGUCCUGAACAACGACGGCUACGAGAUCGAGCGCCAGAUCCACGGCCCUCAGCGCACGUACAACGACAUUGCGCCGUACAACCACAAGCUGCUGCUCGACUUUUUCAGCGCGCCCGAGGACAGGACGGUGCCGAAGGACGAGAGCCACCGCAAGGACCCGCAGCCGUCGGCCAAGAGGUACCAUGCCGUACACUCCAAGGCGGAGCUCGACGAGCUGCUCAAGAGCGACGAACUGGACAACGUGCAGGCCAUCCACCUCAUCGAGGUGUUUAUGAAGAGGGGAGACGCCCCCGCCGCCCUCAAGAGGCAGGCGCAGGCCACCAGCGGAUCCAACAAGUACGAGUGA